AUGGCAUCCAACACCUCAGUCACUGGCUUAACAGCAGGCAAAUCAGAAAGCACACUCAAUCUUGAGAAUGGUGUUCUAUUUGCAUAUGAAAAUCUCUAUGUGGGCGAGACUUAUCUCAAACUAGAUACAAAGCUCUUCAAAAUUCCACCUGAUGCAAAGAAAGAACUGCUAUUAGAAGGAGAUGUCAUUACUGUUCUAAGCAAGCAAGGUGGUUGCUUGAUUCUUGAGCAAGAUUAUUCAUAUAUUUCCAAGGGCAGAAUGGCUGUAAGGUGCUUUGAGGUUGAAGCCAUGAAACUGAUAGUGAAGCACAUCUCUGUCCCUCUUCCUGAAGUUAUCUACAGCCUUAUUGAUGAUUGCAGUAGUGAGAUUGGAAUGACAACUAUUCCAGACAGCUCUAAUAAGAAACAGUAG